AUGCCGCCGCCGCCACGGGCACCGCGCACCGAGGGCGUCCCGGCGGCGGCGGGCUCAAGGCGGCCGCGCACUGAGCAGCUCAGUGGAACGUGCCCCCGCGGCCCGGGACGAAGCGAGCGCGGCGCGGGCAGCGCUGCCUACCUGUCCGCAGCUCCGGGGUCUGGGCUGAGCCCGGCCGGCAGCGCAGGGCAGCGGCUGUGCAUGCAGCGGGAGGGGAGGCAGCUCUGCCGGGGGGUGUUCAAACCCGAGAGGAGGAGGAGAAGGAGGAGGAGACAGAGGGAAGGCAGUGGGGGAAUGUGGAACUGGGGACGCCGGGAAUCCCGGGGGACCGGGGUGCACGGUACGGGGGGAGGAGGGGCUGGGAGGGGCGGAGGGGCCGGGCGAUGCCAGGGCCGCAUGGUGCGGGGCUGCCCGGGACGGGGGAAGGAGGAGGAGGAGGGGUGCGGGAGCGCAGCGAGCCGGCUGCCGCGGGGCCGGUGGCAGGAGCGGCCCGUGGCCCGGGACAAAGAACGGGCACAAGGCCGGGGCCGGGGCGGCCGGGCCCCCGCUCACCUGCACGGCGCGGCGGCCCGGGCCCGCAGCCCCCGCUCCCCAGAGGGGCUGCCCCGCCGUACGGACACAGGGCAGCCGGUGCUGGGGAACACAGGCUGCCCGCCCCGAGCCCCGCGGUCGCCCCGAGCCCGGACCUGCCCGCCCCGAGCACCGCUGCAGCGGCCGCCCCGAGCCCGGACCUGCCCGCCCCGAGCCCCGCUGCAGCGGCCGCCCCUGUCCGCCCCGAGCCCGGACCUGCCCGCCCCGAGCCCCGCUGCAGCGGCCGCCCCUGUCCGCCCCGAGCCCGGACCUGCCCGCCCCGAGCCCCGCUGCAGCGGCCGCCCCUGUCCGCCCCGAGCCCCGCUGCAGCGGCCGCCCCGAGCCCGGACCUGCCCGCCCCGAGCCCCGCUGCAGCGGCCGCCCCUGUCCGCCCCGAGCCCGGACCUGCCCGCCCCGAGCCCCGCUGCAGCGGCCGCCCCUGUCCGCCCCGAGCCCCGCUGCAGCGGCCGCCCCGGCGGGAGCCGCCCGGCAGCCUGA